AUGAAUACUGUGCAAACCUAUUUGAAGAGCCGCGAAAAUUUUAACACGAAUCCACUGACCAAACCUAAUCGGAACGAAGAUGAGUGGGAGACACGACGGAAAGUGGACACGAUCACCACCAAGAAUCUCGAGCAUCAAACCAGGCGACAGGUGGUCCUCAAUGACGGAAGGGUGAUCCAAGAGGAUGACCCCAAUGUGAUUGUGAAUACCAUCGAAGACCACCAGACCCACGAGGACUCCGGUGAUGAGGCUCGCAUGCAUUUGAACGACCCCGAUUGGCGAGCAUCCUCCGCCCAACCAGGACAAAACGUGUUGGGCGAGAAGUACGAAAAAAAUGUUCACACCCACGACAUCCAACAACGAUCCCACACCACAGCUGCUGCCAACAACAUUGGAGAGCUCACCCACACGGAUGUGGACAAGGUGAUCAAGUAUGGGAGAGAUGUGAAAAGCCUGGCGAGGCCCUUCCAAGAUAAAGAAAAUGCACUUGUGAUCCCAGCCAGACAGAUUCAUCACGAUAGCCAACACAAACGCUCCGUUGACACCGAGGAAGCCAGAGAGGUCACCAGGAUGCACAAUGGCCGCGUCUUAACCGAUCGCUACGUGACCCAUGAAGUGGUCCAAGACAACGGCGACCAGACACCGGACGACGGAACGUCCACGGAAGAGGAGUUCCGCGAUGCCGAUGCCAGGGGUUAUUCCCAUCGAAAAGAAGACAGAUAUGUGGACUAUUACAAAGUGCCUCAAGGCCGACCCAUUUCGGAGGGCAAGCUAUUUCGCCACGGUGUUCAUCUGACCUCUGAGGACAAAACCUCGCGACCCAUCGAUGCCUGGCCCAAGCGAUCUCGACACCAUGCUCUUCAAUACGAUGAACACAGUGACUCGACCACAAACUACUCGGAGAGCCGUCCUCCACGACCUCACCGGCCCUCUUCGCGGAGUCGGGGCAGUCACUCCUCCGCCGAGCGGAGAGGCCGUUUGCCCAGCAGUGAGAGGUCAUACCCGGCUUCCUCCCAUUCCCGGCGACCCACUCAUCAUCCGGAGAGAGGAUAUCACACCAUUGAAAGAAGUCAGCGAGUUGACCAAAGAGGCCCAUUCUUCAAAAAGAACAAACCCUAUGAGAGUCGCCGAACAGAGAGUGACAAUUUGUCCCAAAGGUCCAAAUCCAUGUCCAGAGCCUCUCAUGAUCAACCGCUGGGAUCCGAUUCGAUACGCUCGGAUUUGGACUCCGAUCGAGAGAGCCGCUUGAGGCGAGCCAUGUCUUUCAACAGCUCCAAGUCCCUGGAUCGAAACAAACGUGAGUCGUCCUCGAAGAGUCUUUUGGACUCGGUCAAGUCCCUGUAUUCGAGCAUCAAGAAGAGUGGCAAGAAGAAGAAGAAGUCAAACAACAAGCAAUCCCGUCGUCCCGAGAGUGCUUCCAAAGAUUGGUUCGAUCGAGGCAGUACGGGCUCCAGUACCCCCACUCGACCUCCGCGAAGACACCGCUUGUCUUCUCAAGGUAGCUCGCACUAUCGAGAACCGUCUCGAGCUCCCGAGGGGAGUCAGUACACGGACAACUCAUCCGGAAGACAUUGGCAAACCUACUCGGCCAGCACAGGCACCAGUCGUCACCCCAGUCCCCACUCUACCUUGACGAAGCCCCAGCCCAAGCCCCGUCACCGGGGUUAUGGCGGGAGUAGUGUGAACCUCUCCACUCAAACUCCGUCGAGUGGUGGGACAAACUAUAAUACCACGACGACGUCAAGUGUUGUCACUCGAAGCCAUCCCAGUGACUCGUUGUCCCGCCGAGGUCGCACGGCCAAAGUGGAACGACGCAAGACCAUUGCCUCGUACGAUGACUUGGGGGAGAAUCGUGAUCCACCCCGUUUCGAGGAGCACCGUCGGCGAGACGUCUCUUCCAGUCGGUUCUUUGGGCAGGACGAUGAAGUGGACGACCGAGAUCGGCCGGCACCCAACAUGAGGAAAUAUCUCUUGAGUGGGGUCAACCUGGCUCGAAGACAGAGCAUGACUAGGGAUCCAGAGACAAGGCCAAUGGUCAAGGCCAUUUGA